AUGAAUGCUGAAACUGAAGUAUCAAAAAUAGAAAACAUACUUGAUAAAAUAUUACCUGAGAAGGAUUUGAACUUAGUAACAAUAAAGAGUGUAAGAAAAGAUGUAGCUGAUCAUUUAAAUGUAGAUGAAUCAUAUUUUUCGGAAAAUAAGGAAAAGAAGGAUUUACUUAAGAAUAUUUUAAAAGAGAAACUUUUAAAAUUAUAUAACGAACAGAAGGAGGAAGAAACUACUGAUGAAGUAUCAGAUAAGAGAGAGAAGACCAAGAAGACAGAAAAUACAUAUAACGUUGAGGAUAUAAAAAAGAAGGAAUCCGAAAAAAAUAUAAAAAAAAAUGAUAAGGAAUAUGAAGAUGAAUACUCCAAUGAUACUGUUAAUUAUAACUCGACCAAAGAAAAGGGCAAAAAAAGGAGGGAAAUAAACUCGGACGAUGAUAAUAAGAUAUUGAAAAAGAAGAGAAAAAGGAAAGUAGAGGACCAAAGGGAACAGGAAGAGGAAGACGAAGAUGAUGGGGAAACAGAAAAUAAGAAAAAUAAAAGUAACAACGAUUCGAAAAUACGUAGUGAUGAUGAUGACAGUAUUUCAAAAAAACAAAAAGAAAAAAAAAAAAAAAGGGCAAGUGGAAAUGAUAAAGAAAAAAGUGUACAAACAGUUAAAAAGGAGAAAUUAAGAAAAAUUGUUUUAGAUCUUAAGAUAGGACCAACUAUUUUCAAAGAUUUAAACAAACAAGAUGAAGAAGAAUAUAAUAAGAAAUUGCAAGAGCGAAUAAUUACAUAUUGUGAAAAAAAAGAAAUAUGUUCGGAAAAUGGAAGACUACCAAAUCCUGCAGAAAUACACGAGUACAGGAAGAAAAUUAAAUUAAAAGAAGAGCUAGAUGGUAUUGAUCCGUCAAAUAUAAUAGAUUCAAGCACAAGGCCGAGGAGGAGAAACGAAAAUAUGUACAUAUCUAAGGCUUUUUCAGGAUUGGAAGAGGAGGAAGACGAUGAGGAAGACGAAGAAGAGGAAAAUGAAGGGGAUGACAGUGAUAGUAAUAAUACGAAAAAAGAGAAAAAAUUAAAAAAUAAGAACAGUAAAAAGGGGGUGGAUGACGAGGAUGAUGCGGAUGAUGAGGAUGAUGAGGAUGACGAAGAUGGCGAAGAUGGCGAAGAUGACGAAGAGGAGGAUGACGAAGAGGAGGAUGACGAAGAGGAGGAUGAUGAAGAGGAGGAUUACGAAGAUGAGGAUGAUGAUGACUAA